GGAGGGGGGAAUCUCAGUUGUGGCUAUAACCCCUUUGAAAUACCAAAUCAAUUUUGAGAGUAGUGUCGAGAUGACAGUGUGGUUAUCCAGGGCUGAAGACAAUCAGCUUUAAGAGAAAGGCAGGAAAAGAAAGGAUAUGGCAUGACCUAAGGAAAUUAUAUAGCAAAAGGAAGAGGAGGAGAGAAGUAAAUUAGAAAUUAGAGCAGAUAUGUUUAAAUCGGGGAAAAUAGAUGAAGGGGAAUUAGGAGAAAAGAUGUCAGCUGAGAUACAAAUAGUGUGAAUAGACUGAUAUUGGAAAGGAUACAGGAUAGAAUAUCUGAACUGGGAGUUCUCUGGAGAAGGCCUCAGAAUUGGGUGAACUUCGAAUCAUGACCUCCUACAUCAUCUCAGGCUCUCUGUAGCUGCCAGCUCUACCAUGGAGAAGCUAUUGCCACUGACUGCAGGGGAAAGUGAGCCCAUUGUCCACUGUGGGGGACAUUCCCACAAGGACUGUUGUGAGCGGGUGGUGAUAAAUGUUUCUGGCUUACGAUUUGAGACCCAAGUAAAGACCUUGAGGCAGUUCCCCAAUACUUUACUGGGUGAUCCUCUGCGGCGCUUGCAAUAUUAUGAUCCAUUGCGUAAUGAAUACUUCUUUGAUCGCAACCGGCCUUCCUUUGACUCUAUUCUGUAUUAUUACCAAUCUGGAGGACGGCUUCGAAGGCCAAUCAAUGUCCCACUUGAUGUUUUUUUGGAGGAACUCAAAUUCUAUCAACUGGGUGAAGAAGCUCUCACUAAAUUUCGUGAUGAUGAAGGAUUCAUUAAGGAAGAAGAGCAACCUAUGCCUGAGAGAGAAUUUUUCAAACAAGUGUGGCUACUCUUUGAACAUCCAGAGAGCUCCCAGGCUGCCCGCAUCAUUGCCAUCAUUUCAGUUAUGGUCAUUCUUAUCUCCAUCGUGAUUUUUUGCUUGGAGACUUUACCUGAGUUUCGGGAUGAGAGCGACAUGUCUUUGCCACUUGUCCACCAUCAUUUGAAUACCAGUGUGUCACAUGCAGUGCCAACGAAGGCUCAUUCUGAAGAUCCUUUCUUCAUUGUGGAAACCAUUUGCAUCUGUUGGUUCUCCUUUGAACUCCUGGUGCGAUUCAUAGCCUGCCCAAGUAAGCCAGCUUUCUUCAAGAAUAUCAUGAACAUGAUUGAUUUUAUAGCCAUCAUACCUUACUUUGUUGCCCUUGGUACAGAGUUUGCACGCCAACGUGGGGUAAGCCAACCUGCCAUGUCAUUGGCUAUCCUCAGAGUUAUCCGGUUGGUGAGAGUCUUUAGAAUCUUCAAACUCUCCAGACACUCCAAAGGAUUGCAAAUCCUAGGUCAGACGCUUAAAGCCAGCAUGAGGGAACUGGGCUUGCUCAUCUUCUUCCUCUUCAUUGGAGUCAUCUUGUUCUCCAGUGCUGUCUAUUUUGCAGAAGCUGAUCAUGACAAGUCAAAUUUCUCCAGCAUCCCUGCUGCCUUCUGGUGGGCUGUGGUUACCAUGACAACUGUGGGAUAUGGUGACAUGUACCCUGAAACUAUGGGAGGCAAAAUUGUGGGGUCUCUUUGUGCCAUUGCUGGAGUACUCACUAUCUCGCUUCCAGUACCUGUCAUUGUUUCCAACUUCAGCUACUUUUAUCACCGAGAAACUGAUUGUGAAGAUCAAGGUCAAUAUACCCACAUUACAACAUGUCCAUAUACCCCACCACCAUCCCCAGAAAUUGCUGCCAUCCAAAGGAAAGCUCAUGUCCAUGAGAAAGCUCUACAUAGGGAGAAACAUGGCGACAAAGAACUCAUUGUACCCAAUUCAGAACUUCUAGAUGGUAUGGUGCCUACAGGCAAUUCAGAAGUGCCCAACAAACGUCUUGUGACCCAAGUGUGAUCAUCUCAUCUGCCCAAGCAAUUCUUGUCUGCUACAUGCCUUUCUUUACUUCAUCUCAGCAUAUUUAACUUGAAAGUUCUGCAUAAUAAGGCUGUGAGCCAGAAGUCUGAUCUGUUGUUGUGCUUAAAACUAGUAAUGAGUUCAGAGAUUUAGAGGGGAGGGUUUGGAAUGGGACAAGUUACAAUGGGCUGCCAAAGGAUCAGAUUUUAUACAUAGCAAGAAAAAUGAAUUAAUUGCAAAGAAGCAGUUCAACGAACACAUAUUCUGCCAUAUUGUUCUUUCUUAAGUUGGAGUUGCAAUCAAUCAAAAAAGGUUCUUUCUGCUUCUUUUAUUUCCCUUUACUCUGUUACCUCCCAUCCUUAUGUGACUCAAAAGAGCACGAAGAUGCCUUCCUGAAACCACAGUACUGUGUUCUUGGGUUACAUCUGCUGGAUCGUUCAAUGGAACAUACCCAGGACAAGCAGACCCCAAAUAGCAAGCGUGGGGAUAAAUAAGGGAGUGCUAUCAGGCAGUCAUUUUUGAUUCAGGAUAUUACAGGCAACAUUGUCAUCAUACUAAUAAAGAACUGUAAAUACAUCUCUAGGAGAAGGCCUGCUGCUGCUCUGCUGUUGCUGUUGCUGUUGCUGUUGCUGCUGCUACUACUACUACUUCUACUUCUUCUUCUUCUACUACUACUACUACAGGUUUUUCAUCAGCCUACUUUCCUAACAUAGGACUUCUUUACUUAGAUUAUACAACAGAUAAAUUGUCUUCAUGUUUCUGGAAAUUUACUUUGAAAAUUGCUCUUGUUUUUUUAAGCAAUAGCAAAAUUGUAGUAGUUGUAUAAUGUGUUUUAGAAACUACUUUAUUAUUUCUGAAAUUUAGUGCAACCCUCCUCUUAGCACAUUCUUCUGCUUCCAUGUUCAGUCCUCCACAAAGAAAAGCGACAAUUUAAUAUAACAUUAAAACCAAGAUCAACCCUGUUAGCUACGGUAUACCUCAAACCAGCUCAACUUUAAAAAAGCAGGGUAAAGGAGCUUAGAUUGAGUGACAGUGUGGGUGCACAUAUGCAUCUUUGAGACAGCAUUGACUCGUAUUAAUUACUAGGAUUAGUCUGUCCAGUUUUUUGACAAGAUUUUUGGAAAUGGUUUUCUAUUACCUCCUUCCUAGAGUUAAAGAGAACAACUAGCCCAAAGUCACCCAACUGGCUUUAUCUCUAAGGCAGAAAUCUCCUGGUUUCUAGCCUGGUGCUUUAAUCACAAACUGACUCUCCUUAGAAUAUCAUUAAAGAGCAGCAACUGAUUAUUAUUUAAUCCCUCAUUCAGCACUGUUGUUUCUUUUACCUAUGGUGCCAAAAAAUUGUGCGUUGUUCCUGGACAACUCAACAGUUUUUCUUUACAAAUAUGCACAAUUCAUCAUGCUCUUCCAUUGCUUUUUAUACUUAUGGAACAAAAACCCUCUUGGUUCAAUUUAACCACUGUCAAAUUCAUUCAGGGAGAACACAGACCUUUCCCAUCAAAAGCUAGUUAACUGUUAAAAGCCUUAGCUUUUAAUUCAAGUUAACCUUCUGCUAGCUAUUCUCAAGCACUUUCUUUUACUUCAUGUUUUAAAAUACCAGCUUUUUCCAACUUUAUCUCUUCCAUGUUCACUAGAUUGCAGCUCUAUUCUUUCUGGCUGGAAUUUUUAAACCUGUAGACCAAUAGUUAUAGAGGGCACUAGACUGGGAAUGAUUGGCUUAAACUUUAAAGAUAAAUCCUUUUUUAGUUAUCCCAUGAAAUAUUCAUAGGGAAUGGAAAGAAGGGUGGUUCUGAAAGUCUUAAUAAUAAAUACCCAUCAGCUGGGAAAAAGUUAAACUGAAAAAGAGAAAGAUCUCUCUAGCCCUCAUUUCCCAGAAACUUUUACUUGUCUUAAUAAAAUUUGUAUUACACUAGUCUUAAAAUGAGAGAAAGGGAAGAGUUUACAUUUUUGGUCAAACAAUAGCACUUUCUCUUAAUUAUACUUGUUUUAUCUUAAAGUAAGGCAAAAAGAACUAUAUAAAUAAAAAAGCUUCUUGAGCUCAAUUAAGCUUAAAGAACAGAGUGUGAAUAAGUGAAUCUAAACAAUAGUGUGAGUUGCGUGAGUGAGUACAGAGGCUACAAAUAUCUCAACAGAAAUGCAAUACAAUAGAAAUGGCUGGUAAGUGAAUAAUGUUGUAAGUUUAAAAAUAUUAUAGCUACAGUUAAAUUAUCCUCCUGCCCAUUUCUUAAAUCAGGAAUAUAGUGACAAAGUAGUGCUAUGUAGAAUAUGUUGUUAAAAAGAAUGGGCAGAGUACGGUGAAGAGGUGCCAAGAAGACAGGAUUCCUGGAUCUUCCUCUUGGAAGGGGAAGGUUCAGCAAAUGGAAUGGGUCAGCCAGAGUGAACAUAACAAGAGCCUGCUGGACCAGACCAACAUCUAUCUACCCCAGUAUCUGUUUUCAGUAAUGGUGCUGUCUGAGUAAGUUGGACUUUGGUUCCUAUAAAACUUGGGAAGUUUGAAAGUUGAUAUCCAGUGUUUCAAAAAAAACCAAAAAACUGAUUGAGCAAGGUUUGACUUGGCAGUAAACCAACGCUUUAAUAGAGUUGUCACAUAUGAGUGAUAUAAUUUAGUUUUUAAAAUAAUUCCUGUUUUCUACUAGUACACUAAAGAAAUGGGCAGAGCAAAAACACUACAGAAUUAUAAUUUUAAACUUAAUGACAAACUAUGUUUAAAAGGAGAUUUGUAAAUAGUGUUUGUUGCUGAAAAAAUAAGACAAAUAAAACACACUAUGGCUAAAUGUACUAAGAGAA